UGUUGUUUUAUCUCUGCAUGUCCCUGCAUGUCCCAGUGCAAGCUGUGGCUCCAGGCAUUAAAGUAGGGGUGUCCUCGUUGUGAAUUUGGUAUCAUGGGACUCCUGAGUCGCAGGCCUGGCCCCGUUUCUGCAAAAACACUCUGAGUGCAGAGGUUGUAGGACGCAUAUGACCUACUUUCUCCAUUGUCCCUGCAGAUCGUGGUUGGCUCCUGACGCCAUUUUAUUUUUCUUUUAGGCAGAGGUGGAUUUGCAGAGCUUGGGCAUGGGGAUUUCUGGACUGUGACACAGGCCUUAUUGUUCUCAGCUCUGCCUGUUUGAAUGUCUGCUGGCCCUGAGGGAUCUGUGGAAAGAGGAGAAAGUGGCCCCCAAGUUCCUGACAGCAAUACCCCGCACUGCCUUCUGAGGGCUCUGCCCUUCCUUGGGAAGAGAAGGAAAUGCCCAAAUUACAGAAGCUGGUGACAUUUAAGGAUGUGGCUGUGGACUUUACCCAGGAGGAGUGGGAAUGCCUGGAUUCCUCUCAAAGGCACCUGCACAGAGAAGUGAUGUUGGAGAACUUUGAGAACCUCGUCUCCUUGGGGCAUCUGCUGUCCAAGCCAGAAAUGAUUUUUCACUUUGAACGACUAGAUGAUGUGUGGAUGGAAGAAGAAAUGCCAAGAAGCUCCUGUUCAGGAGUCAGGGAUGAGAAGGAUGGGACUCUCCCUUGGCAGGUAUCUCCAGGAGAAAAACCCUAUAGCUGUCCCCAUUGUGGCCAGGACUUCUGUCAACACAGAAACCUUCUAAUUCAUCAGCAAACCCACACAGGAGAGAAACCCUCUCCAUACAACAGGUGUGGAAAAGCCUUCAGUGAGAGGACAACAGACCUUAACCUUCCAGUGCUUCUCCCAGGAGAGAAGCCCUACCAAUGUGUGAAGUGUUCCAGGGUCUUCACCUCAGUGUCUGCUCUGGGAAGGCACAAGAAGGGCCACGUGGGAAAGAAGCCUCACACGUGUGAGGAAUGUGGAAAGGACUUCAGCUGUAGCUCCAACCUGUCUAUCCACCAGCGAGUGCACACAGGCGAGAAGCCCUUCAGAUGUGGUACGUGUGGAAAGGACUUCAGCCGUAGCUCCAACCUCUCUAUCCACCGGCGAGUGCACACAGGUGAGAAGCCCUUCAGAUGUGGCACGUGUGGAAAGGACUUCAGCCGUAGCUCCAACCUCUCUAUCCACCAGCGCAUCCACACAGGCGAGAAGCCCUUCAGGUGCUGUGACUGUGGCAAGGAUUUCAGCCGUAAGGCAGCCCUACAGAUCCACCAGAGUGUCCACACAGGAAGAAAGCCUCAUGCCCGUAAGGCCUGUGACCAGGGCUUCACCUCACGCUCUGCACUAGCACGACACCAGCAGGACCAUGCAGGGAGCAAUGCCUACGUGUGUGACACGUGCGGCCGAGGCUUCGGCCAUAGAGCCAACCUCUACCUGCACCAGCGUGUCCACAGUGGCGAGAGGCCAUUCCGGUGUGAGGCCUGUGGGAAGUGCUUCAGCUGGAGGAAGGACCUGGGCAUCCACCAGAGGGUCCACACAGGUGAGCGGCCCUACAGGUGUGGGGCUUGUGGGAGGGACUUCAGGCAUCGCUCAUCCCUCAAGAGGCACGAGAGGGUGCACACAGGGGAGAAACCCUAUACCUGUGCUGUGUGUGGGAAAGGGUUCAGUCAGAGAGUUCACCUGCAGACACAUCAGAGGUUGCACAGUAAGGAGAAGCUUUAGGGAUUGGGCUAUGCAUAUACAGGGGCCUCCCAGAGCCAGGGAGAAUACCAGAUGGGUGCUAAGUUACACAGCAAGUAUAUGGCCUAAUGGUACAUGGCAUUUGUUAGUGUUUAUGCAGAAAAGAACAUAGAUCAUAUGAGCAUGCAGGUCGAUAGGUUUUCACAAGGUGAACACAUCUGUGUAACUGGCACUUGGAAGGACAGAUAAUUUCCAGCCUUCCCAAAAGACCCCCGCAUGUCUCCUCUGCUCAUUACUCCAAGUCUUAGUCAUCUCGUGCUGCUAUAACAGAAAUACCACAAGUGGAUAGCUUCAACAAAGAGAAAUUU